GAUAAUAAUAAUGAUAAGCCUUCAAGUUCUCAACUAUCUGUAAUAAAGAUAUUACAAUGCACAAUUCCUCCUCAUAAAGGAACCAAAAAGAUUAAUAUUCAUAGAGCAGUUGAUCCCGCUUUUCGUCAACCUUUCUAUAAAGUAUUAAGAAAAAAUAUAUUAUUUGCAAAUACAAAUGCAAAGAAGCAAAUAUAUAAUCUUUUAAAUAAAACUUCACAUUGGUUAAACAAGCAAUUUGAGCUAAAUGAGAUCUUACUUUGUAUAGAGCCCAUGCCAUAUCCUCAUACUAAUACUGCCAUUAAAGAAUUCCUUAUAAGUAAAGUUCAAGAAUUUAAUUUACAAAAUAAACUUACUUGUGUAGUAACUAAUAAUGGCACUAACAUGGUUGCAGCUAUUAAAAAUUGGGAUAAUAUAGAAAG